UGGGCACAAACACAUCCGCUGCCAGCUCCGUACAAUUAUAGCAUGCCUGAAUGUCUAGAGAAAGGGAGAGGCUUGAGGAGAUUGGGAAGAAGAUCAAGAGAGAAUCCGAUGUGUUCAGCAGUCAGUUGGGAAGGAGACAUAUGUUGGGAGGAGAUGGAGGAGGAACCCUUAACACUAUUACACCUUGUGCGGCUUGUAAACUUUUGAGACGACGCUGUGCUCAAGAGUGCCCUUUUUCUCCAUAUUUUUCUCCUCACGAGCCCCAAAAAUUUGCUUCAGUCCACAGAGUUUUUGGGGCAAGUAAUGUUUCCAAGAUGCUCAUGGAAGUUCCAGAAAGUCAAAGAGCAGAUGCAGCCAAUAGUCUAGUUUACGAGGCAAAUGUAAGGCUAAGAGAUCCAGUGUACGGAUGCAUGGGAGCAAUUUCCACUUUACAACAACAAGUUCAAUCUUUGCAAGCAGAACUCAACGCAGUAAGGGCUGAAAUUUUGCAAUACAGAUUUAGGGAAACCUCCAACAUUAAUAUUCAUGUGCCCUCUAAUUCUAAUUUGGCCUUGCUUUCUUCUGGGGCAGUUUCUAUUGCUGCACUGCCACCUACUCCCCCUCCUCCUCCGCCGCAUCUGCCCCCUCCGCCCCCUUCACUUCCUCAUACAUCUCCCUCUUCUUCCAUGUACUCCCCACCCUCUAGUACUGCCGCCGAUUUUAGCACCAUCUCCAACGAGAAUAUUUCUUUUUUUGGCUAAAUUGAUUUUCUUAGUUUAAAAACCCGUUAUUGAUCAAA